UGUGCCAGUGUUUUUUAAGUGAACUACAUUUUUUAAAACUGCACAAUGGGAUCACUGCCGCGCGUUUCUGUGGUCACCGGGCAGAAGGUGUCGACACCGGCCGGACCUCUAACAAAUAUGAUGGACAAUCUCACAGCUAGAGAUGCCACCGCUUUAGUUUACAAAGAUGAGACGAGUUGCGUACGUGUGAGCUACGCGGAACUGCAGGCGCGGACAAACGCGCUGGGCAGAGCCAUCGCCGCCCACGCUCGCCCCAUCGGACCUAACAGGGACGGGGACUAUGUGAUAGCUGUGUGCAUGGAGCCAACACAUAAUACGAUAAUGACUCUGCUAGCGAUAUGGAAGGCGGGUGCGGCGUAUGUGCCGAUGGACCCGAGCUUCCCACAAGGCAGAAUUUCACAUAUCUUAAAGGACGCGGAGCCUUCUCUUGUCAUAUAUGAUAACACAGCAAAUCCCUCUAUGUUCUCUGGUAGUGGUAUACCAGCGGUAUCAUUCGACGAGCUCUCUUUAGAAGCCAGUGGCUUACCAGGAGAUAAGCCGAGUGAAGCGGAGGUACUAUUGCAAGCCACUGCUGAGAGCAUUGCGAUUGUUCUUUACACGUCUGGAAGUACCGGAAUACCAAAAGGAGUGCGUUUGUCAUAUUCAGCGAUCUGCAACCGCCUCUGGUGGCAAUUCCGUACUUUCCCGUACACGGACAAAGAAAACGUCUGCGUUUGGAAGACAGCUCUAACUUUCGUCGACUCUGUUUGUGAGAUCUGGGGGCCUUUGUUACACGGCAGGACCUUACUUAUACUCUCAAGAGAGACGACUCGAGAUCCUCAGAAAUUGGUUCGGGUCCUAGCGGAAAAUGAGGUGCAUCGUUUGGUAUUAGUGCCAACGUUACUCCGGUCUAUUUUAAUGUACCUCUCUUUAAACCGCUCCGAAAGACCACUCCAAUCCCUGAAACUGUGGGUCUGUUCUGGUGAGACUCUCGGCAAGGAACUGGCGGGACAAUUCUUCCAAUAUUUCGGUGAUAACGAAGGCUACAAGCUGGCCAACUUCUACGGGAGUACCGAGGUUAUGGGCGACGUGACAUUCUAUGUUCUGGAACGUUCUGAACAAUUGGAUGUACAUCCUACGAUACCGAUCGGGAAGCCGGUCGACAACUGCGCCAUCUAUCUUCUAGAUGAAGAAAUGAAUCCGGCACGCGAGGCGGAGCCAGGCGAGGUGUGGGUGGCGGGUCGCAAUCUAGCUGCAGGGUACGUCGGCGGACAGGCGCCGGAGAAAUUCUGUUACAACCCGCACGCCUCACAUCCAGAUUUUGGAAAACUAUACCGCACUGGAGACUUCGGUGUUCUACACAAGGGGAUGGUAUUAUACGCGGGAAGAACUGACUCGCAAGUCAAGAUCCGAGGUCACAGAGUAGAUUUAUUAGAAGUUGAAACUGCAGUAGCUGCUGUGGAGGGAGUCGAGAAAGCGGUGGUUCUCUGCUAUGGCCUGGAUCGUGGCAAUCCUGAAGUGCUGGCCUUUGUGACUGUGCAGCAAAGCGCGCGGCUCUCAGCGCACCACAUAGAAACAGCACUCAAGAAGUCCCUGACACAUUAUAUGUUACCACAGGUAAUCGUUAUAGAGAGUGUCCCUUUAUUGGUGAACGGCAAAGUCGACAGACAAGCGCUACUCAAGAUGUACGAGAACACUAACAAUAAUGACGACUCUGAGAUAUCUUUCGACAUUGACUACAGUGGAGUGGAUGCUGAGAAUUUAGAAGCAGCUAAGGUCCUCUUUGAGACGGUGGGAGAGGUGCUCGGGAGGGCGGCGAGAGGGACGCUAUCAGUGAGGGCGGGCUUCUACGCGCUGGGAGGGAACUCACUUAAUUCUAUUUAUACUAUCACUAGACUGAGAGACAAAGGAUACUAUAUUGAGAUAAGUGAGUUUCUGGGAGCAGCCAAUCUUGGCGAUGUGCUGACCCACAUGAGCUGCGGUCCGGAGCACGCGGCUGGCGGUUACGACCACAAGUUCAAAGCAGUGCCGAUGGCUGAAGAUCAUGAACAGCAAGUUGUCGAUAUGAUCGUAUCGUCGUUCUACGAGAAGGCUGAGUUAGAACAGUUCUUAAAGCACGAGAUUGCGACUGAGGACUACGCGCACUGUAUCCGUGCUUGCUGGGACGCUCUGCUGCAGGCCAGACUCAGCGUCGUUCUAGAAGAUCAUUCAGGAACACCGGUAGCGGUUGCAUUGAAUUUCGACGCUCGAGACGAGCCAGAGAUCGAAUUGAACGGAGGUCUCGCCAAAAUCAUGACAUUCCUCGAAUUUAUUGAGAGCUCUGUUAGAGAUACCAUGCUGCCUGAGGGAAAGGGUACGAUUCUGCACUCCUUCAUGAUGGCAACAGCUGCCUCACUGAGUCCCCAAGACAAUUGGGAACUGAUGUACUCGGCUUCCAAACCUUACUGGAUUACCAAAUAAACGAAUACAUCGACCCUAACGGAGACAGAAUCUUCGGGAAAGCGCCUGAUGAUAUGAGAGCUAUCGUCUGCUGGAAACCUAUUGAAUAGUGUUGCUAUUUAAAAAUGUAGGUAUCUUUACUCUAUGGUAUUAGUAUUGUUAAGACAUAGACUAAUGCACUUCCUAGUAGAAUAGACACAUCCAAAGUAAUAGCAGUGUUAUGAGAAUUUAUAUUAAGUUUUUUUUAACUCAUUCCAACUUGAUUUCUGGCCAGUGUUACAAAAAGAGUUAAAUUGAUGUUAAUUACAAGGCCUAAAUAUGUAAAAUUAUACAUUUACUUAGGUAAUUUAAAUUACUUUUAAAUGAUGCAAGAUAUAUUUGUAAUUUAUCUGUUAUUAAUUUUCAAGUAAAUGAUUAUGUUUGCCUAUUUCUGUAAAUAGCAACAUUGUAUUGUAGCAUUAAUGAAAUAUUGCUAUGAAAAUUUGAAAGUGGAUUAAAACAUUUUUAUGAAAAGUGGUACUAUAGAUUUGAUCUAGAACAUUCCAAAAGGCUCGUUUAGGCUUUAUUGGCGCUAAGCUAUUAGUUGUAAAUAUAAUAGUAGUAAAAGUAAAUAAGAUAUAUCUAAUUCUAAAUAUUGGCCAAUUUACAGUACAUAAACUGUAAAAAAAUGAUUUUUCAAAUGAUUAUUUAAACACCACACUUAAACAUUCAAUUACGGAAAUUUAAAAAACUUGCCUAAUUAUUAGUUAAAUGCCUUAGUGUUAUAUAAUAUGAUAAUAGUACAACAUUGUAAUUUAUAAUUAUAAUUGUUAGAACACAAUUAUUGCCUACUUAAUGUGAAAAUCGUAGUAACAUACCAAGGGCGUUGCCAAGUGGGCAAGGCAGGCAGCGUCCCUCUCCUAGAGUGAAAAAUGUAAAAUAAGAAUAAAAUGGUAACUACGUCUAGACCUAGCCUUUAUCAUUGGCUGGUGACGCCCUUAUUUUUAUCCUAAUUUGUUAAUAAAUUGCAAAUUAUAUAUAGCAAGUUUGUGAAGAUAUUAGAAUUCUUUUUAAAACAAAAACAAUCCAGUUAUAAACACUGUGGUACAAGCACAGAUUAUAUAAUAGUAACAAAAUUAGAUUUGACAGUUCUUAGAUUAUUCUAUUAUUAGUAAGAUCUCUACUUCAUGUUUAUUGUGAUAAAUUAAUAUUUAAGGUUAUUUUAAUUGUUACGAAUUAUUCUGUAGUUACUAUUUUAAAAUAAAAU